UAAUAUGGCAACAUAUCAAUUUUCAGUCAAAUCAGCUAUGGGGAUGCUGUCAAUUCGUUUUAGACCCAAUUUCUUGGGUUUAUUGAAAUUUUUGAACAGUAUUAACUGGUUUAUUGUGUUCUUUAGUAUAUUAAAUUUGUCUGAAUGUAUUUACGAGGACCAGAUCGGAAAAUUUGAUUGGCGUCAAAGCUACGUUGGAAAGAUAAAAUUCUCCCAAUUUGACACAGUUUCCACAGCUAAAAAAAUAAUUGUAGCCACUGAGGAGAAUGUUCUUGCGGCAUUAAAUUUGAAGACAGGGCAGAUAGUAUGGCGCCAUGUCUUCGAAUCAACAUCCUCAGGCAAGAUCCAACUGCUGCAUGUUGCAGACAAUGUGGUGACCGUAACCGGUUCAAACCCGUACCUUGUGAGGGGAUGGGAUUCUGGCACAGGCGUCCUCCUCUGGGAAUGGUCUUUGACCCUCCAGAAUGACAAACAAGCUGGUCUAUCUGAAUGGUUUGUACACCAAGGGCUGCUGGUGCAUAUGUUGCCAGCAUUCGGGGCACACAUCGAGGUGUCCAUGUAUAACCUCUUGACCGGGCAGAACAGAGGAGCUACUUCCAAGUUGCCAGCUCCGUGGACUAACGAUGGAUGCAUCCUCUGCGCACCAUACUACACCUGCAUCAGUGGAGCCGAAGGCAGUAAAAACCUAAUAUCAGUUGACAUAACCUCAAAUGCCGUUCAAAUCAUAAGCAAACCGGUCUCCCACUUCACCACUCAAACAAGUCCACUAAUGCGACCGUUAUCGCUAAACACUAUAAUUCCAGGAGUUAUUCUGGAUGGGAAAGUGGUGGUUUUGUUAAAGGACAAUAAUUUUGAAGUGUCGAAAGUGCAGUUGAUGGACAGAUCGGCUUCGGCUUUGGUUACGGAUACGCCAACGGGACCUAUACUAUUUCAGACUUGGACGGACGAAGCUAUGCAAUUCCACCUGGUCGCUCACAGCGUGGCGUCGGGCAAGCAAAUAGAGGAGGUGAGGGCUUCGGAGCAGAGCGUAGACAUGUGGGCGCCGCAGCUGGCGGGCGCGCGCUGCGGGCCCGGCGCUCCGCCCGCGUGCCGCGCGCUCGUCACCACGCGCGACCUCGCCGCGCGCCUGAUGCAGCACGACGGUCGCGUGUUAUGGAGUCGCGAGGAAGCAUUAGCGUCAGUGGUGGCCGUGGAGUUCGUUGACCUCCCCGUGUCGGAUCUAGACGCGGCCAUAGAGUCUGAAUUCGAUCAGAAGGAGGGUUCCAUCUGGGCUGCGUUCUCGCGCCGUCUACAAACUCAAUUCCAACAACUGCAGACAUUGCUGACCUCUUUCGACGGGAAAUCACAAGCUAGCAACGACGGCCCGACUCCGCUCGUCAGGGAUUACUUCAAUUUGCACAAGAUUCUAGUUUUGGUCACAAAAGUUGGCAAGAUAUUCGGCAUGGACAACCUGUCGGGCGAGAUCCUGUGGGCGCGCUACGAGCCGGCGCUGCGCACGGACGCGCUGGCGCUGCUGCCGCGCCGCUCCGCGCGCCACGCGCCGCUCGACGCCUGCCUCACGCUCGUGGGGCAGCAUGCGACAACAGGCAAAGGUCUCAUCAUCAGUCUGAACCCGAUCCGAGGCACCCUGGUCGGCGAGAGGGUGCUGAAGUUGGACACUCAGCUGCUGCAAGUGGCUCUAUUGCCCAACGCCGACGAAGAGAAGCUACAUGCUCUCGUGUUGUUGGAUAAGGACGAGAAUGUGCAGAUACUACCCGGCUCAGCGGCGCCACUGGUGGAGAAUAUGUAUAUGUACGUGGCAGACAAGAACACAGCACGAGUGCAGGGUUACGCACUGAGAUACGACGGGACGGCGGUAGUAGCGACGCGCACGUGGUCGCUGCACCUGGGCGGCGGAGCGGGCGCGCACCGCGUGGUGGCCGCGCUGGCCAAGCCGCGCGCCGAGCGCGUGCACUCGCCCGGCCGCGUGCUGGGCGACCGCAGCGUGCUCUACAAGUACGUCAACCCCAACCUGGUGCUGUUCAUCACCGAGGGGCCGGACGCUUUGCACAAAGACGUGGUGGUGGCGACGUGCGUGGACGCGGUGUCGGGCGCGGUGCUGUGUGCGCAGGCGCAGCGCCGCGCGCGCGCCUCGCCGCUGGCCGUGCACAGCGACAACUUCAUGGCCUACCUCUACUACAGCGACAAGCACCGCCGCGCAGAGAUCGCGACAAUGGAGCUGUACGAAGGAAAGCAACGCUGGCUACCAGCGGGUGCGGCGUUCAGCUCGCUGUCCUCAGAGCUGACUCCCAGCGUGGAGCGCCAGGCCUUCAUACUGCCAGGCCUGGCCGUGGCCGCGGCGACCACUACCACAGAGAGGUCUAUCACGGACAAACACGUGCUGUUGGCGAUGUCGACCGGCGCCAUAGUGGAAAUGCCAUGGGCGUUUCUGAGACCGCAACGACCAAUCACACCUACACCCGAACACCACGAAGAGGGAUUGAUACCGUAUGCGCCGGAGUUGCCGCUGCCGGCCGACGCCAUCAUUAACUAUAAUAUCACUCUGCACAGAAUUAAUGCGAUAUAUACGGCGCCUUCCGGGUUGGAGUCUACAAGUUUGGUGCUCGCUACCGGGUUGGACCUAUUCUACACGCGAGUCGCACCAUCGAAAACGUUCGACCUGCUAAAGGAUGAUUUCGACUAUUACCUCAUCACCAUUGUCUUAGCUGGGCUCAUAGUGGCUUCGUACAGCACCAAAUACUUUGCAUCCAGGAAGAUGCUCAGGCAGGCCUGGAAGUGAUCGCUGCCUGCGUUGGCCAGGGUGGUGGUGUUGAUAGCGUGGUGAUUUUUUAAGGAAUAAAAAAAUAAUAAACAGUGGGAUAAUUUAAAUACCUAAUAAAGUUUUUGAUGUCGGAGGCUAGAUAAAUGGAAAUAAUAUGGUGUCGGUUUUUCGACUUUCGCUGUGUUUAUUUGGUAAAGUUAAAAAUAAGCCUAACGUUUUGCCUUUUCAAUUUCAAUGUUCUGUUAACAAGCUUUUAUUAAAAUAAAAAUGUUUUGUUUAAAGAGUUUUGGAAUUAUGUAAAAGAUGAGUUUAUUUUAUAAUGCGAAUACAAAAAAAAAUUCAACAUUCUUAAUCUAUUGUUGUCUCUGUCACUAGUUAUAUCUUUAGACGGAGAUGAAAAAAGACGUGUUAACUAAAAUAGUGUGUAAAUUAAUUCCACUGCCGUCAACUCGCAGUCGAAACGCCUCUAGUUAUUUAGGCUUUAGAGGAAUUGUGAUCGUGCGUAGUCAAGGUGAAUGUGUACUUGGCCCCGUCUCGUUGGUUCAGAUAAGUACUACUUAUGUAAAAGUUGACACAAAAAUUUUACUGAUCGCAGUAUGUACUGUGAAAGAUAUUGCUAAAUAAUCGUUAUGGGGUGAUAAGUAAUAUGAUCAACAGAAACAAAUAAUGUAUCUAUGUUUGUACUCGUAUCACGCGAACACUAUUGCUCAGAUUUCAAUGAGGUUUCCUCAGAUGUGUUUGGCUUGUUCUGACUUAAAAACUUGGAUUACAAAAAUCUGUACAAGGAGGCAAUACAAGGGGUCAGCCUUUUUUUAAGAAUACCAGUGUUUUAAUACAUAAUACUAGUAAUCUUAAUAACUAUUAGUCACACAGAUUUCUUUUACUACAACAGCAACAAUAAAAUAAUUCGAAUGCGACGCAGUACGGCCAAAUCUGCGUUCACCUUUUGUUAUAAGCGUAACUGCAUUAUGUAAAACAGGCGGGUAAAAUCCGUUUAAUAAAUAAGAAUAUGGAUUUAGUCAUGGCGCAGUUUAUAAAAAAAUAUUUUAUGAAUAAGUGUGUGAAGAGGAAAUGGGAAAGAUUGUCAUGUAUGCAACUUUAAUGACGUGAUGACGUGAUGAUGACGUGACGGCCUCUGUGGCUCAGCGGUAGUACGCUUGUCUGCGACACCGGAGGUCCCGGGUUCGAAUCCCGGUCAGGGCAUGAUGAGAAAAGAACUUUUUCUAAUUGGCCUGGGUCUUGGAUGUUUAUCUAUAUAAGUAUUUAUUAUAAAAUAUAGUAUCGUUGAGUUAGUAUCUCGUAACACAAGUUUCGAACUUACUUCGAGGCUAACUCAAUCAGUGUAAUUUGUCCCAUAUAUAUUUAUUUAUUUAUUUAUUUAUUUAUUUAAUGUAAUAGAUUACAUAGCAGAAGUAAUAUCCCUUGUUGCACAUACAAAUUAAAUAUACUAUAAUUUACUGGAGAAUUAAGACCAUUUUGACAGCCGAACAGAACGACACGUCAGAAAUAAGAGCGCUUUCGCUCGUUUAGAUUUAAAAAUGACAUUGUGCGUAUUUAACAGUCAAAAUAUCUGUUUAAUUUCAAUUUCUUUUUUAUUCAAAUACAAAAUGUACAAAGAAUGCAUUUGCUUUAAACAAUCUGACAGUAAUUUAAUUAAUUUGAUUCAAGCAGUUUAAAAUAUAUUGUGAUCAUAAGCUAUGGUCACAGUAUAUUUAUUUAAACUAAUUUGAAUUUUAACGCAUAUUUUGUUGUUAUGCAUUUGGAAUAAUAAUCGUACAUUAUGAAUCUGCCGCCGUAAAAUGAACACAUUAAUGCAUAAGUUAUAACAGACUUAUCUCCUAAACUCCCAGUAUACCUAACAAGUAGGUAUCGGAUUGUACAAGGAACUUUUGCACGAUACACCCAAUGUAAUUAAUAUCUUGCAAUUUUAGGUUGUUUAUAGUUAACAUAAAAAUUAGCUAGUUCAAUUUAUAUUAUUUAUUAAGAAUGUUUGUAAAUUAUUUCAAUUAUAUAUUUACGGAACCAUUCCAAAAAGUGUCGCUAUAUUAUGACAUACAUUAAGUCACGUAAAUUAAUGGCCUGGAUUAUUUACGAGGGUAAAAUUUAUAUUUUGAAUUUCAAAAAUCUGUACUAAAAUAUAGAUUCAUAUCACUUCAGGCAUCUUUCGUCUUAAAUUAAAUAAUUAAAGUAAAAUUUAAAAUACAAAUUAGUUAUUAAAGUAUUCACUUUGAUGUACGGCUUCACCAAAAGGGAUGUUCAUCGUUAUCUAAGAAUUUACCGUUAAUUAGUAAACAAGUUAUUGCAUUUUUACCUAAUAACGUUUUGAAGUGUUCUUUUUAUUUCUAUUGCGAAAAACUAGAAGAGACAUUUCAAUCUUACUUUCACUUUGGAAGUAAAGAAUAAUUUUAGUAGGUAUUUCACUAGAAAUACAGUUUGGUCAUCUGACUUGAUAUAAAAUAAAUGACGAUUGUUUUGUUUUAAUAUUAAGGUUUCAAAGUGGAUGGUUUACUGUCUAAGGAAUGUUUAAUAAUUUUAAGUAAACUUAUUAUUUAAUGUAAAAUGAAUAUUUUUUUUUGUAAGCUGUCAUGAAACUUUUUUUGUUUUUAUUAUGUAUAAAAUAUGGGAAAGAACAAAUUAUAUAGUUGCACUUGUAUCUUGUGAGAAAUAGAACCUCAUAUGUAUAUUGAAUGAAAAUAUUUACCUAUUUUUUGGUUAAAUUUCUUAUCUUCCUAGAAUAAUUUGUUAGAACAAUAGCUUCUUAUGUUGUUACAUUUUAAUGCACUAAAGACGUUAAUAACUUUUCAUAAUUAAAGUGUAGAUGAGGGCCACAAAGAAAAUAUUAGCUCAUAAUUAUCUUCAAUACUAAGGCGGUAAACUUUUUGAACUGAGCAAAGCAAAUAUGAUACCUACUUUUUGCACCCACUGUACAGUAUCGAGACUAACAUACUCUAGAUUUAGAUACCUCGCUUAGUUAAUAGAUAGAGGGAGAGUGACGUGUAUUCAAUAUUCAAUACUAACUGUAAGAGGUAUCGCCGUUUGGGGUGCGUUAAUCAAAUAUAUAUUAAGCAAUGUAAUUAUUUUAAGGUUUAUAUUAUAGUAACUUGGGGUGGCCAAAAUGUAGCAGGUCUAAUAUUUAGUUCCUAAAUUGUAUCGUUGCGAAUCGGAGGUCACCCAGAAUAGUUUUUAGCGGCAUGAGUAAAUAUUCGCGUAUUUUUUUUGAAUUCGUUAUAAUAUAUUAUUUACUCAUGUUGGAAAUCCCCCAACUCAUAAAGUUACCAAAAUCAUUGAAGAAUUUAAAUAAGUAAUGGUCUAAAAUUAUUUUAUGGUUUCAUAUGGUGGAAUGUAUUUAGAGUCGCAUCUGGUUUGGGCUUAUUAGAUUUACAAUCACGGCAUUAUUAUUUUUAUGUAUCCCUUAAACGGUCGAGUGCAAAAUUUUAGUUUGAUAAAAGUAUUAAGUCAUUCAUAGUAAAUGCACGCAUUUUUUUUGUUUUUCAUUUGACUGGCCAUAUUUGUUCGUGAGUGUACGAUGCACUUGUAUCGAUAAUAUGCGUUGUCUCUGCCUACCCUCGUGGGGAACAGUCGCGAUUUUAUAGUAUUAAAAUGACUUUUCAAACAUGUGAACUGUUGCAAUAGUUAACUGUAAAGAAUGGGUACUUGUUUCCGUGAAAACUGUGUUUUGUAAAAUAAAAGAUAAAAUACUGCCA